UCCGUGGGCGUGCCCCCGUCCUCAAAGGAUUUUCCCCGGAGUGGCCAGACGGGCUGGGGGACACAGGAUGGCAGAGCUAAUAGGAGUAUCUAACGGGACAUGCGGACGGGCUGAUUUCUUCUAAUAUUUCAAGUGCUGUCUGCGUGCCGGCGUGAAGCCUCACCAUGCCGCUGGUGAAGAGAAACAUCGAGCCGCGCCACCUCUGCCGAGGGGCGCUCCCCGAGGGCAUCGGCAGCGAGCUGGAGUGUGUGAUGAACAACACGCUUUCCGCCAUCAUCCGUCAGCUCAGCAGCCUGAGCAAACAUGCGGAGGACAUAUUUGGCGAGCUGUUUAAUGAGGCCAACACCUUCUACCUGCGUGCCAACUCUCUCCAGGAUCGCAUUGACCGGCUGGCUGUCAAGGUCACACAGCUGGACUCCACUGUGGAGGAAGUUUCCUUGCAAGAUAUCAACAUGAGGAAAGCCUUCAAGAGCUCCACCACUCAGGACCAGCAGGUGGUGUCCAAGAGCAGCGUUCCCACUCCGGUCAAAGAGAUGUACAACCUGAGCGACAAGCCUCCACCUCUCAACAUACUAUCACCUUACAGGGAUGACCACAAGGAGGCGCUUAAGUUCUACACAGACCCCUCCUACUUCUUUGACCUGUGGAAAGAAAAGAUGCUACAGGACACGGAGGACAAGAGGAAAGAGAAGAGGAAGCAGAAGGAGCAGAGGCGCUGUGUGGAUGGGACACUACAGAGGGAGGUCAAGAAGGUCCGCAAAGCGAGGAACCGUCGGCAGGAGUGGAAUAUGAUGGCUUUGGAUAAGGAGCUGAGGCCAGAUCAUCGACACACCAUACACCGGGACAGAGGCGCUUCCUCUGAGGGCUCGAUGUCACCAGAGAACAGGGGACACGGGCUGGAUCAGCACCACUACCCCAACAGUAUGAACCAUGCUGGUCACGCCCACACCUACUCCGGCCCUCCACCCAGCGCCCUUGUUGCCCAGAUGGCUGCCGGACAUGCACCACGCGGAGGAGGUGAACACGACAACAGAGGCAGGACCAUGAUGGCCUAUCAGGGUGGCACGCUGGGCCGCUCUCACCACCACCACGUCCCACUGCCUCCUCCACCCACUGAGGUUAUGAACGGUGGCUCUAUGUCUCUCCCACCAGUGGACUACAGUAUGGAUGGCUAUGCCAACACUGGUCCUCCUCCCCCUCCUCCUGCUCCUGUCAUCCCUUCUGCUCAGACGGCCUUUGCCUCACCUCCUGGAGGUCCGAUGCCUCCCGGACCAAUGGCCGGUGCUGCCGGAUAUGCUCCGCCCCCACCACCUGUAUCUGGAGCCCAGGCUGCUCCACCUCCUCCCGGUCCUCCACCUCCUCCACUUCCAGCUGGUGCCUCCCACUCCACAACGCACAAGAUGUCCUCGGUCGCAUCCGCUGAGACCACAGCGGUCAACGACGCCCGCAGCGAUCUGCUGGCUGCGAUACGUAUGGGCAUCCAGCUGAAGAAAGUACAGGAGCAGCAGGAGCAGCAGGCUAAGAGAGAGCCGGUUGGAAAUGACGUGGCCACCAUCCUGUCGCGACGCAUCGCUGUGGAAUACUCCGACUCGGAGGACGACUCCGAGUUGGAGGAGAACGAUUGGUCAGAUUAACACAAAGGCGUAAACACACACACUAAAAGACAUGCAGUCGAUCGCUCUCACGCUCACCUGAAAAACGCCCACUUUUCCACAUUCACAGGUCGUCACAGACUUAGUUGCUGGAAACACACACCUUACACGUACACACAGUCACAUGCUGUGGGUUGAUAUAAGCUGAAUGGUCCAAGACUGGAAAUCUGGAGUUGUAUUUGGGAUGCAUAAACACUGUAAAGAGACAAGUAAUAUAAUGUAAUGCUGACCACCCUGUGAAACACUAACACUGAGAACUGAUGACUACAUUUCAAAGCAUUGUGAAUACACCCCAGUGGACGUUCCUCUACUGUUAUUACACUAUAGACACCCUGUGAAGGUGCUUAUUUUCAACACAUUCUCAUCCCAGGGCGUCAAAUACAGGCAUCCUGUCAGAUAUCACCGUGUCACACAGAUGAUGCACACAAAUUGGCCUUUGGCAUCCUAUCUGUGGCAAUAUCACAGGCCAAGAGAUACCCGUCCUCUAUUUUGCAGCAUUUUUGAUGACAGGAAGACAGAUAGAUAAAAGAUGCUGGAGUAAGGCCUCAGCCACGGUACAUGGCACCCACACACUCCUAACUAAAAUGUGUGCUGUACUUUCUGCAAGUCUGCUAGCGUCUGAGUGAUGUCAGUUGUCACUUUUAAAAGAAGAUGGAUGGAGACUCCCAGCUGUUAACCCCUGUUGGGGUUGUCACCGUGAAGGUGGUGCUGAGGGUGUUUAACCUACUUUUAAUCAUGCAAGUUACUUUAGACAAGGUGUGAAAAAACGUGUGGGUCAUUACCACAUGGGCUGAAGUCUGUGCCUCAGGCGGCAGAUGUCAAAGAAAUAUAACAGGAAUGUUUACCCUGCUGUCGUGUCCGUAUCUGCAGCCGAGUGUAAUGGAGGCUUAGGCGUUUUAUACUUGAGCGGGGGCAGCGCGAAAGCAGUCCGGACUGCCCGUCUGCCUGCAGAGAGUGUUUGUUGUCAGAUGGAGGCAGUGUACAGAAGUAUGUGGUACAACCGGUCUGUGGGCCACACACAUACGUAUAACUUCUAACAGACAAAGAGCUGAAGAGGAACCAAUUGUCAAAGACAAUGAGCUCCAGCGUAUGUUUUGUGCUCUUGAAGUUUUGAUCUUUAAUGUUAAUUUCAUGCUUUUCUUGUUCCCAAUGAACUCCACUGUCACUCACUUCCCUAAUCCAGCCCACUCGUCAAACUUUGUCAUCAGCAUUUGACCUACGCGUGCGUCCAGCAGCGUGCAGUUUGGGAUUUCGGAGGAUUGGACAGGAGCACGUUUUUUAGUACGGUGUCCAAACAGAAACACAUAUGCAGACAGACGCAGGACCAUAAAUUAUGCUUUAAGCUCUGGUCACACCUAUAACAGUCCUCUCUAAAACCCUCAUUAGGGAGAUGGAUGGGUGGCUUUGUGUUCUGUGAUUCUUUCACGUUUCAAUUAAGGUGCUAAAAAGCACUCGAUUAUGUCGAGAUACAGCCCUUCGCAACAUGAAUCCUGCACGUUGAAAAAUGCCGAUUACGCCGUGUGUUUAAAUGUGCUGCCAAGUGGUCUUUUAUUAGCACCAUGAGAUAGAUCCUCCGUCGCAACACAGAUGCCACCUUGUGCGUGCCUGUGAGGCCCAGCGGCUCAGACAAACAGGAGUGUUUAACGUCCUGGGAGUGAGAACAGGUUGUUAUUUUAUGUAUAGUCAAAGCUUGAGAGUGUUAGAAUUAUUAGAAACUUUCCUCUUGAGCUAACUAAUGUACCUUUUUUUAAAAAACUAUUUUUACUGAAACACUUAUGCUGUAGACCACCGAGCGAGACUUUAAUGUGUAGACAAUAACUGGAAUUUAUGGAGGAGCUGGCUGCAGAACAGAUGACCAGAACGAGCAUCUGAAAUACUUUGGCAAUGGACGGAUGGAUGGAUGAGAGACUUACUGAUGAAGAGUAUGAUAGGCUAUUGAGCCGCCUGCUGUCGCUCACUGCUGUGAGGGAGGGAUAUCGGGAUUGGGGAGGGUGGGGCCAUGUAUAUGCUAAUGUGAGCUGUGUAACCUUUGACCCAGAGAAAAAUAAAAUGAUGAAUGAACAAAAA